UACGCAGCCACAAUCCACAAAGCCCACAACACGUCCCCAUCAGUUAAAUCUCCCGUUCUUUCGAACUCUCGUAGUCUCAUUUGAGGAGGAAGAAGAAGAUGCUGUGUCUGAGAGUACCCGCACCUUUCUUCACUCCCUCCGCUGCCAAACCCCUGCUCCGUCUGAAUCGCUCCCUUACUCGCAGAGCCUACUCGCCCUCCUCGCCGUCCAAUUUCACCACUUUCAAGAUGUCGUCGUCGAAUCAGACCGUCGAGCACAUCGUCCUCUUCAAGGUCAAGGACGGCACUGACCCCUCCAAGGUUGCUUCCAUGAUCGGUGGAUUGAACGGCCUGAUAUCCCUCGACCGGGUCCUGCACCUCACCGCCGGCCCCAUCCACAGAAACCGAUCGUCGCCGUUCGCUUUCACGCACGCGCUCCACAGCCGGUACCGAACCAAAGAAGAUCUCAGCGCCUAUAGCGCCCACCCGAACCACUUGGGUGUCGUCAAAGAAUCGGUCCUGCCGAUCUGCGACGACAUCAUGGCCGUCGACUGGAUCGCCGACGAUCUCGACGGGCCGGUGGUCCCGGCGGCCGGAUCUGCGAUGAGAGUGACCUUCUUGAAGUUGAAGGAGGGUUUGGGCGACGCUGAGAAGGGAGAGGUCUUCGGAGCGAUCAGAGGGGUUAAGGAUAGUUUGGAAUCGAUAAAUCAGCUCAGUUUGGGGGAGAAUUUUUCUCCAGAGAGGGCGAAGGGGUAUUCGAUCGCGUCGGUGGCGAUCUUUCCGGGAUUGGGAGAAUUGGACGGCUUGAAUUCGGAGGAGGAGAUGGUGAAGUUGCAGAAGGAGAAGGUUAGGGAUUUUCUGGAGAGCGUGAUUGUGUUCGAUUAUGUGAUUCCGCCGCCACAAAGCGCGAGCCUCUAACGACUGGACAUCAAUUCUUGAAGGUUUUGUAUAAGUAUUUGAAUUAUCUUUAUCUCUUCCUUCAUCUCUUGAAUUGAGCACUUGAAGCUUAAUAGCUUUUGCAACAAUGCUGAUCAUGAAAGAUAUUUUGCUUUGCUUGUGCCA